AUGUUGGCUCUUCGUAUUAGUUUCACAAUCAUAAUUCAUCUAAUCUGGAGUACAUUUCAAGCACCAACUGAUAUUAAUCUCGCCGGAGUCCGCCUUGAUUCCUCAGGUGAUUUGGAAGUCACUCCGAAUCAAUCAUUCGCUAUUCGAGUGUUGGGAAACAAUAUUCCGCGAGGAGGAGACUUUUAUUUUACAACUGCCACCACGUGUGAGGAUGCAUACCUCCCCAACAACGACAAAAUCAGUACAGUACCCGCUGUUUCUCUACAUUCGGCAUGUUCCUUUGCAGUUCUUGAAGUCAGAGAUGGACUUCCAUUCAAUGUUUCUUCGAGUACAUACCAUUUAUGUUAUAAGGGCUUUAACGCGUAUACGGAAGAAUUUCUAAACAUCAAGUCGACAGAUCCGACAACUCAAACAUUUGGACUGGAUUCUGUGAUUGUCUGUUGUUUUUGCAUUUUGAUGUCGGCGUAUGCUGCUGGAAUGACACUUGGAUAUAUGAAGUUUUCGAUUGUAGAGCUGAAUAAUUUAGUCAAUCAAGUGGAUGCUUCCUUGGCGAAAAAAGCUCGUCGAAUCCUCGUCGUUCGUCGUCAAUCCAAUUACCUUGUCACCUCAUUCUCCCUGUUCUCCUCUAUUUUCACAGUACUUUUCACUACGAACGUCGAGAAAAUGUUGAAUGGAGCACCGAAUGAAGCAGUUCUGAAAAUCGUCGUUCCCGCGUUGAUUUCUUUAAUUUUUGCAGAAGUUAUUCCACAGGCAAUAUGCAAUAGUAAAUUCGGUUUCGACCUAGCCUCCGGUUUAUGGUUCGUCAGUUACUUCAUCUUCAUUGUCACUUUUCCAAUUGCCUAUCCGGUUUCUCGUGUGCUCGGAAGAUUCUUGAAGAGAGAUGUUCGUGAAGUUCUGACAGAAGAGGAGAAGACGUGCAUGAUUCAGAAUAUGGCAAAGAAUGCGAAUGAAAAAGUGAAAACGAUUCUGGAGAACGCCACGACAUUUGCGAAUAAGAAAGUCGGAGAGUUGAUGGUUCCGAUUGAUGAAGUCUUCAUGUUGUCAAGGUCUCAGAAACUGAAUAGAUCGACUAUCCUCACACUCGUCGAGAAAGGAUACACUCGAAUUCCAGUCUACCAUGACAAAAACAAAAAUACAAUCGUUGGAUUGUUGAAUAUGAAAGAUCUGAGGCUGGUAGCUGGUGACUUGGGUAGAGAGCCGACGGUUCGAGAAGUACUUCUUCAAUUGGAAACACUCAAAGAGAAGAAUAAAAAAGCGAAAUUCGUGGCGAAAUAUGUGAAUGUAGAGAUGAAUGCACAGCUUCUUUUGAAUCAGAUGAGGACUGGAGACUUUCAUUUUGCAUGUGUCGUGAAGUAUACGAGUUAUGAAUCGAAAGUAAUCGGAAUCAUCACAAUUGAAGACAUUCUGGAAGAACUCUUUGGAAAGAUCGAUGAAAACAAUCAGCGUCGCGUGCGCUCUUCCGUCGACGAUCGUGCUGAUAACGCAGUGAUUGGAUGGUGUCGAGAGGCUGGAACUGACAAGAACUAUCCGUUAUCGUUUUCUCAACAACUCCGUGUUCUACAGUAUCUUCUGGAAGAGUGCCAAGUUUUGAAAAGUUUGGAGAUUGGAUACUUGAAAUGCCGACAGAUAUUGGCAGUGGAGAGAAUUCGAAUCGCUAAGAAAGAUGAAGAGUUGCCACUGGGAGAGGGUUUCCCAGAAACACUACUAGUGAUUUGGAAAGGCAAGGUUUCGGUUACGAAUGAUUCUGGAUCAUUCGAUCAAGAGAUUAAGGUGCCCUCUGCGAAAAGCACCUCCAAAGACCAAGACGAAAAAACAGUGAAACCUAAUGUUCCUGUUCUGAUCGCUGGGAAAGAAAUUAUGAAUAGUCUAAUGAUAAGACUGGGAAGUCCGUUUCGUGAAAUAAUCAACGAAACAGAAUACACCAGAAAAAUCGUCGCGCUUUCAGAAGUUCAUUACUUUAAGCUUCGCAUCGAAGACCUUCUCAAUGCAAUAAAUGGAAGUGUCGAAGCAAAGAAAACUGAUUUCGUACAGCCAGCAGAUAGCUUGAUUCAACGUUUGAACUCCCGCCAAACAUCAUCGACUCACACACCAAAAACGAGAACACCUCCGAGAAGUGGACAACGAAUGUCACAGGAUGGGAAAGCUGAAAUUUUGAAUUGA